ACCGGAUGUCUAUGUAUGGUGUGCGUGCAGUUAACAAAAGAUUCAGUUGGGAUUUGCCUGCCAGACAUAAACCUUUUAAAUUCUACUUACAUUACUAUCCCUUACCCUAAUCAAACCAAGACUUACUUGGUUAAUGGAGUAGCCACCGAUGGCUAUUUUUCUCUGGAUUACACUAGGAAGCAGCUAAGCAGUGUCUUCUUAACUCAGGGAGUAUACUCUCGAACCAACAGGUUUGAUGGCAAUGGUUUUACAAUUCUUACUGUCGAUGAUUUGCUUACAUCGAAACAAAAACCAAAAGGAAUAUGGUUGAAUAUUCAGCACGAUGCAUUCUACGCAGAGCACAAGUUGAGUAUGAGAAGCUUUGUGAUUUCAGCUUCUAAAAGAAUAGUUUUCAGUCAUAUCUCAUCACCCGAGGUUAAUUUUCUGAGAGGUAUAUCAUCACGCUUCAACCCGAAGACAACAAAACUGGUCUUCCGGUUCAUGGCAAAGAAUGACGUAGAUCCAUCGACAAUCAGACUUAUGAAUCUCUUUUAAGGAAUCUUACAUUUAUCAAGACAUUUGCUUCUGGAAUUCUUGUUCCAAAGGAAUACAUAUGGCCAGUAGAUGAUGCAAGCCUUUAUCUACAACCACAUACAACUUUGGUCUCGG